UAUAGUACAAUUGAAGCCUUCUACCAUUCCGUGUUUUUUCCGAGCAAUGGACCUCCCGGACGUGACGUCACGGAGUUCCGGUCACACGUCGGAGGAAGAUGACAGUCGGCGGAUCAGGAAGCUUGUCGACCGCCGCAUACGGCAGCUGUCGCUGCACCUCCCCCCAGAGCUGUUCCGGGACCUUCAGGAGGAUCGCGGCCUGGAUAUGGUAGUAUGCGCGGCGAAAGUGAAGGCGCUGAAGGUGAGUACGGGGAUGCUGCCGGAGUACAUGAAGGGGAGGCACAGAGACAUCCAGGAGAAGGUGUAUGAGUACUUCAAUUCCAGACCGGAGUUGCAGACGCCGAUUGAGAUCUCGAAGGAUGAGCAUAGGGAAUUGUGCAUGACGCAGCUAACAGCUCUAGUCCGCGAGGCGGGAAUAAGGCCGUUCAAGUACGUCGUGGAAGAUCCUGGGAAGUAUUUCGCUAUCUCUGAGGCCAUAGGAAGCGUUGAUAUGUCUCUCGGUAUCAAGAUGGGAGUUCAGUACAGUCUCUGGGGAGGCUCUGUUCUCAAUUUAGGAACUAAGAAACACAGAGACAAAUAUUUCGAAGGCAUAGACAACCUGGAAUACAUGGGUUGCUUUGCAAUGACUGAGCUUCAUCACGGUUCCAAUGUUCAAGGCCUUCAGACUACUGCUACCUUUGAUUUAUUUAAUGAUGAAUUCAUCAUAGACACACCUAAUGAUGGUGCCAUCAAAUGGUGGAUUGGUAAUGCUGCUGUUCAUGGUAAAUUUGCAACCGUGUUUGCAAGACUGUUGCUACCAACUCAUGAUUCAGGAGGUGUUUCUGAUAUGGGUGUUCAUGCUUUCAUUGUUCAAAUAAGGGAUCAAAAGACACAUGAAACUCUACCAGGAGUAGAAAUACAUGACUGUGGCCACAAAAUUGGCUUGAAUGGGGUCGAUAACGGUGCACUGAGAUUCAGGUCAGUGAGAAUUCCUCGGGAUAACCUCCUUAAUCGGUUCGGAGAUGUGUCGAAGGAUGGAAAAUACACAAGUAGCCUUCCAUCAAUUAAUAAAAGAUUUGCAGCCACACUUGGAGAACUUGUUGGUGGAAGAGUGGGGCUUGCAUCCUCUUCAGUCGGUGUUCUUAAACUUGCUGUAACAAUUGCUACUCGCUAUUCUCUUCUGCGACAACAAUUUGGUCCACCCAAACAGCCUGAAAUCAGUAUUCUUGAUUAUCAAUCUCACCAACACAAACUCAUGCCGAUGUUGGCUUCAUCGUAUGCCUUCCAUUUUGCUACACUGCGUCUGGUGGAGAAGUAUUCUGAUAUGAAGAAGUCUCACGAUGAAGAGCUUAUUGGAGAUGUACAUGCUCUCUCAGCCGGGCUUAAAGCAUAUAUCACUGCUUACACCGCAAAGUCAUUGAACACUUGCAGAGAAGCUUGUGGAGGUCAUGGCUAUGCUGCUGUUAAUCGAUUGGGUACAUUGAGGAAUGAUCAUGACAUAUUUCAGACGUUUGAAGGAGACAACACAGUUCUUCUACAGCAGGUGGCAGGGCUUCUUUUGAAGGAGUAUAGAGAAAAGUUCCAAGGUGGGACACUCUCGGUGACUUGGAACUACCUAAGACAAUCAAUGAACUCUUAUCUCUCUCAGCCUAAUCCAGUAACUUCAAGGUGGGAGGGGGAAGACCAUUUGCGAGAUCCUAAAUUCCAGUUAGAUGCUUUUAGGUAUCGUACAUCUCGGCUACUUCAAAGUGUUGCUGUUCGGCUUCAGAAACACUCAAAGACACUUGGUGGCUUUGGUGCAUGGAACCGAUGCUUAAAUCAUCUCUUGACCCUUGCAGAGUCCCACAUUGAGUCCUUUGUACUCGAAAUAUUCAUAGAAGCCGUGAAAAGGUGUCCUGAUGCCAGCUCUCGAUCAGCUUUGAAGCUUGUUUGUGACCUUUAUGCUUUGGACCGAAUCUGGAAUGACAUAGGAACUUACCGUAAUGUGGACUAUGUGGCUCCUAACAAAGCUAAGGCAAUUCACAAGUUAACCGAAUAUCUGUGUUUCCAAGUGAGAAAUAUAGCUAAAGAGCUGAUAGAUGCAUUUGAUCUACCGGAUUAUGUGAUACGUGCCCCAAUUGCCGUGCAGGAUGCCGAACAAGUUUACACCCAAUACACUCAGUUUGCCGGAUUCUAGCUUUUUCUGUUCCUGUAAGAGAAGGCUAUAUAAACAACAAACUUCAGAAACAAAACAUACCUCAUACAAAAAAGCUAGUUAGUCCCCAAAACCUUGCCCAUUCCUAUUUUUCAUCCACAAAUACACACACAGACAUGAGCGCGCACAAGCACACGCCUGUCCGUGUGCGUGUUUGUGUGAUUAAAAAUAGAGGGUGGAACACUCUACUUUUAAAAUAUACCUUGUCCAUGUCACCUUUUACAGGCCUCACAUAUUGGUAAAAUAAGAUGAAUCAUUGUAUAAAACACAUGUUUGAUCUAUUGGCUAUUGGCGAUCUAGAAGUAACGCCAUGUGUGGUCUAUAGCUAAUGGGAAAAAGCUAGGGUACCCCAAACUUUGUAUUUCAACUUGCACACCUGUGUGACACAUACAAACAAUUAUCUUUGUUCUCUGUGAUAUAUUGGCGUGCAAGUUGGGGUACAAAGUUUGGAGUACUCCUAGCACACUAAACCCCUCAUAGCUAAUAACAUUCAGCAUGGGGUGUCAUCCUUUCACAACUAAUUGUUCGGCCGGUGCAGAGAGGCCUUCGGGGAUGGGGUGUCAUCCUUUCGUAGCUAAUAACAUUCAACAUCUUGA